AUGGGCAAGGUUCACGGCUCGCUCGCGCGCGCCGGCAAGGUGCGCGGCCAGACGCCGAAGGUGUCGAAGCAGGAGAAGAAGAAGACGCAGGUGGGCCGUGCCAAGAAGCGGCUGCAGUACAACCGCCGCUUUGUGAACGUCGCCGUCGGCCUUGGCAAGAAGAAGGGCCCGAACACG